GGAUUUUGCGCAGCGCCACUGGUUCGCUCCUCUCUCUCUCUCUCUCUCUCUGUCUCCCUCUUUCUCUCUAUGAGAUGAAUCCGGGUGAAGGAAAGGGUUGGGACAGGGAGGAAUAGCCGGAGGGAGGGAUGGCUGAAUAACGAGGAGAGAAACACCCACUCCGGACUGAACGAAUUGUAUCCGGAGAGAAGGAGUGAGAGAAAGGAAGAGGGGAAGAAAGAGUGAGAAGAAAGAGGAAGCCUUUGGGAGGCAGAAGCAGGAGCGGUCUUUGGUAUUCACGGGAUUUCCUUUGGGGGAUAAAAGGACGCUUUGAAUUGAUGACUGGAGAGGUCUAGACUGCUGGUUGUGAGGAUGUUGUCAAUGGGGCAGAUCAGUUGGUGUUUGUGGGCUCCACUGGUGUUACUGGCCCUUGUUUCCUAUUACCCCAGUAAGGCACAGGGACAAGUUCCAGCUCCGAGGAAGCUGCGUUUCAAAGUGCUGAGCUCAAGCAAACUCCUUGUUUCAUGGAAGGAGCCCAAAGGAGACUUUGACAGCUAUCUGUUUUUCUACAAAAGUACCCCAGGUGGUCAGCAGAGGGAGAUCAUAGUGUCUAAAUCAGACACCAGUGUGUUGAUAACAGACUACAGUCCUUCUAAAGUCUACACUUUCAGUGUUAUCGCAGUCAGCGGCAACAAGCAGAGCAGACCACUUCAGGGCAGAUUUAAAGGUGAAAGAAAUGAGAGUGACAAGACUGAGUCCCAGAGGUUCACCGAUUCAGCUGCUCCUCCGAGGAACGCCAACGAGAUCUCUGGAGUUGACCAGUUUGUGUGUCACACUGAGGCUAUUGCGGAUAUUGUGAUCCUGGUGGACGGCUCCUGGAGUAUUGGCCGACUAAACUUCAGGCUGGUCCGCAUGUUCUUGGAAAACCUGGUCAAUGCCUUUGAUGUUGGCAUUGAUAAAACAAGGAUAGGUCUCGCACAGUACAGUGGCGAUCCCAGGAUUGAGUGGCAUUUAAAUGCUUUCUCAACUAAAGAUGCAGUCGUUGAUGCUGUCAGGAAUCUGCCCUACAAAGGAGGAAACACCCUCACAGGUCUUGCAUUGACUUUUAUCUUGGAGAACUGUUUCAAGCCUGAAUCUGGUGCAAGGCCUGGAAUACCCAAGAUUGGGAUCCUGAUCACCGAUGGAAAGUCCCAAGAUGAUGUUAUACCACCAGCAGAGGAACUGAGAAAUGCUGGUGUUGAACUGUUUGCUAUCGGUGUAAAGAAUGCCGACGAGAAUGAGCUGCGCUCCAUCGCCUCAGAACCGGAGAGUAAUCAUGUCUACAAUGUGGCUGACUUUAACAUCAUGAGCUCUAUUGUAGGGGGGCUAACAAAAACAGUGUGCAAACAGGUGGAGCAGCAGGACAAAGACAUCAAGCAGAAACAUAUACCAGAGACAACGGGAAUGCCGCUUGACCUAGUGACAUCAGACGUCACGGCCCAAAGCUUUCGGGUUUCAUGGAGCCAUGCCCCCGGAAAUGUAGAGAAAUACAGAGUCGUUUAUUAUCCCACUCAGGGAGGAGACCUAGGAGACCCACAGGAGGCUGUAGUGGUCGGGAGUGAGUCUUCAGUGGUGUUACAGCAUCUUAGCUCCCUCACUGAGUACCAACUGGCUGUGUUUGCUGUGUAUGCAAACAAGGCGAGCGAAGCUCUGAGAGGAUCAGAAACAACACUGGCUCUUCCCACAGUCACCGGCCUCCAGCUGUUUGAUGUGAGUCACAACACCAUGAAAAUAAGAUGGAACAGCGUGGAUGGAGUCUCUGGCUACAUGCUGCUUUAUGCACCUCUGACAGAUGACUUGGAUGAGAAAGAGAUAAGGGUGUCGGAUGCAGUGACGGAGCUGGAGCUGGAUGGGUUGAUCCCUCACACCGAAUAUACCGUCACUGUUUAUGCCAUGUUCGGCGAGGAGGCCAGUGAACCUGUUACAAACCAGGAAACCACAUUACCACUGAGUCCUCCCAGCAACCUCCAGUUUUCUGACAUUACCCACAACUCGGCCCACAUCAGCUGGGACCCCGCGCCUAGUGGAGUUAAUGGUUACCGCAUCAUGUGGGACAAGACAGACGGACUGGUCACAGACGAGGUGGAGGGUGGUUCAGUGAGUUCUUAUGACCUCGGUGAGCUGACAUCUCUGACGGAGUACUCGGUGGCAAUUUUUGCCCUGUACAACGAGGGCGAAUCAGAACCGCUCACCGAUGCGUUCACCACCACUCCAGUUCCUGGUCCUCUGAAUCUACGCUCCAGUGAGGUCAGCACAGACAGCUUUAAGGUCAGCUGGGAUCACUCAGCCAGUGACAUUAUCCUCUACAGACUCUCCUGGACACCAUUCGAUGGUGGUGACACAAAAAAGGUGGUCUUGAGUGGAAGUGAUAACGGAUACACACUGACCGGCCUCAGUCCCUCCACUGAGUAUGAAGUUAUGCUGACGGCCAUAUUCAAAGACAAUUCUGAGAGCGACACAGUCUUUGUCACUCAAACCACAUUGCCCACACAGACAACAACAACUUCUACCAAAACCACAGCGGCACGUCAGGCUGUGAGAAACCUUCAGCUGAGUGACGAGACCACCCAGAGCUUAGAGGCUUCGUGGGAGCUGGAAGACCCCAACGUGGAGAGCUACAGGGUCGCCUACACAAGCCUCAGCGGAGAUCACAAGGACUCUAUGUCAGUUUCUGGAGGUCAGACGAGAGCAGUGCUCGAGCCUUUACAAUCAGACACCAGCUACAAAGUGACAGUCACACCGGUGUACAGCGAUGGACAAGAUGGCCUCGGUGCAUCUGCCAUGAGUUCCACAUUGCCGCUCUUGCCUCCUGAAAAUCUGCGUGUGUCAGAGGAGUGGUUCAACCGCCUCAGGGUCUCGUGGGAUCCACCUCUGUCUCCUGUUGAGGGUUACAAGAUCGUCUACCAGCCCCUCUAUGUUCACGGUCCAGUAUUGGAGACAACAGUGGAUGAAGAUGAGAACUCCAUGCUUAUUGUCAAUCUACAAAGUGGGACAGAGUACAGUGUCCGAGUAAAGGCUUCCUAUCCUGCAGGAGAAAGUGAGCCACAGCUAAUAAAUGCCAAGACAUUAUUCCUUGGUGUGUCUGGCUUGUCAGCCUACCAGGUGCGACCCAACAGCAUGUGUGUUCAGUGGCAGCCUCUUCUACAUGCUACAAUAUACAGAAUCUCUAUACAGUCCACACUCAAUGACCAGAGACAGGAAGUGAGGCUGGGAGGUGGAGUUUCCCGACACUGCUUUUACGACCUCACUCCUAGUAGCCAAUACCAGAUCAGCGUUCACGCGCAAAUACAAGAAACGGAGGGACCCUCUGUCUCCAUCACUGACAUGACACUUCCAGCACCCACUCAGGCGCCGACUGAACCGCCCACUACGGAGCCCCCACCCACAAUCCCACCAGCCAAAGAGGUAUGUAAGGAGGCCAAGGCUGACCUGGCGUUCCUGGUCGACGGCUCCUGGUCCAUCGGAGACGACAACUUCAUGAAGAUUACACGUUUCCUCUACAGCACCAUGGGAUCGCUGGAUCUGAUUGGACAAGAUGGCACCCAGGUGGCCGUUGCUCAAUUCAGCGAUGAUGCUCGGACCGAAUUCCAGCUGAGUUCUCAUAGCAACAAAGAAGCACUGCUGGAGGCUAUUCAGAGAAUCAGCUAUAAAGGAGGAAACACCAAGACAGGUAGAGCCAUCAAACAUGUGAAGGAGUCUAUUUUCACCUCAGAGGCGGGAGCCAGAAGGGGCGUUCCCAAAGUCCUGGUCGUUCUGACCGAUGGACGUUCACAAGACGAUGUCAACAAAGUGUCCAAGGAGAUGCAGGUGGAGGGCUACAUCAUCUUCGCAAUUGGCUUUGCGGACGCAGACUACGGUGAGCUGGUGAAUAUCGCCAGCAAACCCAGUGACAGACACGUCUUUUUUGUGGACGAUUUGGACGCUGUGAAGAAAAUAGAAGAGCAGCUCAUUACCUUUGUCUGUGAGGCUGCCACUGCCACUUGUCCGUCUGUUUUGAUGAGCGGUAACACGUUGGCAGGUUUCCGUAUGAUGGAGAAGUUUGGCCUGGUAGAGAAGGAGUAUAGCACCAUACCGGGAGUUUCUCUGGAGCCGGGUUCAUUCAACAGCUUCCCUUGCUACAGGUUACACCGUGAUGCCCUGGUGUCUCAGCCCACCAAGUAUCUUCACCCUGAGGGUUUACCAUCUGACUAUACUAUUUCUAUGAUGCUCCGCCUACUUCCCGAGACCCCACAGGAACCUUUUGCGUUGUGGGAAAUCCUCAACAAGGACAACGACCCGUUAGUUGGACUGAUUCUUGACAACUCUGGAAAGACACUGACGUUCUUUAACCAUGACUACAAAGGAGAGUUCCAGACUGCUACCUUUGAAGAGGCAGCAAUCAAAAAAAUUUUCCAUGGCAGCUUCCACAAGCUCCAUGUGACCAUCAGCAAGACGUCUGUGAAGGUGGUACUGGAUUGCUCAGUGGUUGGGGAGAAAUACAUUAAUGCAGCUGGUAACAUCACCACCGAUGGAAUGGAGGUCCUCGGAAGGACGGUUCGAUCCAGAGGUAGACAAGACAGCUCUGCUCCGUUCCAGCUCCAGAUGUUUGACAUUAUCUGCAGUACUUCCUGGGCCAGCAGAGAUAAGUGUUGUGAGCUGCCAGCAUUGAGAGUUGAAGAGCAGUGCCCUCCCAUGCCUCAUGCCUGUACCUGCUCUCAGGACAGUAAAGGACCUCCAGGACCAUCUGGACCACCUGGUGGUCCAGGCAUACGAGGAGCCAGAGGAGACAGAGGCGAGCCAGGAGUGACGGGACCUCAAGGGCCCGUAGGAGAGGUUGGCCCUUCUGGACUCCCAGGGCAACCUGGUCCUCAAGGACCCAGCGGACUCUCCAUUCAGGGGCCUCCGGGAGCUCCUGGGGAGAAAGGAGAGAGAGGAGAGACCGGCCCUUCCGGACCAAUGGGAGUUCCCGGAAGUCCUGGCUCACCUGGUAGAGAUGGUCCCCCAGGAUCAAGGGGUCUGCCAGGUAAUACUGGACCACAGGGACAACGAGGACCACCAGGACCAGUUGGAGCACCAGGAGCACCAGGGGCUCCAGGACCAGGUGGGCCAACAGGGUCACAAGGGGAUCAAGGAGUUCCUGGUCCUGCUGGUACCAAAGGCGAUAAAGGAGAAAGAGGUGAUGUGCAGUCCCAGGCGUCUGUGCGAGCUAUUGCACGUCAAGUGUGUGAACAGCUCAUCCAGAGCCACUUGUCGCGUUACAACUCCUUCCUGAACCAGAUCCCCAUGCAGCCAGCGGUGUCAGUCCGAACAGUGCCUGGACCACCAGGAGAGCCGGGUAGGAGAGGCCCCCCGGGUCCUCAGGGAGAGCAAGGUCCACCCGGGAGGCCAGGCUUUCCCGGUACUAACGGCCAGAACGGGCAACCAGGCGAGAGGGGUCUGCCAGGAGAAAAGGGAGAAAGGGGGACUCCAGGGGUUGGGACUCAGGGGCCUCGAGGACCAUCCGGACCUCCUGGUUUGCCAGGUGAAGGACGGACAGGUAGCCAGGGCCCACCUGGUCGACCUGGUAACCCAGGGACACCGGGGAGGCCUGGGAAUCCAGGUACCACAGGAGCAGCUGGCCAGCCUGGAUACUGUGAUGCAAACUCCUGUUUGGGAUACAAUGUGGGAGUUCAACAGGACUAUAGGAAUGACUACUGAGGAGCAUUCUUGAACCAUGCUCCUCUCCUCCACCUGUGCUCACCUCCUCCUGCGUCCUCUUUUAAAAAGAAAAGACUAGAAACUGAAGAAAUGUGAUAACUCCUGUUAUUCCCUAAAGGCUGCCAUAUUUCCUGGGAUGGAUAAGUCCUGACACUUUUGAAACUGUAGUCCCUGCAGCAGCGAUUAUCACAUUUUUCUUCUCUGGAGACCUUUUGUUUUGUUUUUUUUAGCUAUUUCUAAGAUUUUUGUUCUUUGGGGUUUUUUUUAAAGGCACAUCAGUUUAAAAGGAAGGUGGUUUUCUCAUUUCAGAAAUCGUUACACCAUCGUUUGGUGCAAGUUUUUAGACAAACACCAGAUUUCCAGACUUCAUGCACCCGUGAGCAAAAUUUCUUGAUAAGAACUGGUUCAUUAAACUAGUUAUUUUCCCGUGUCGAAGGAAAAAUACGAGCAACUUGACUCAUUUUUCCACAAAAAACAGCCACCGCUCAUCGUCAACAGGGCCACCUGUCGACAGAUAGUCGUGUAUCCAAAGCUUUGCUCCCGCAGCCUUUGCUUCACCCUGCUUUAAACUCAGAUCUCAUAAAAGCUAAUCUCAUCUUUCAAAAGCCAGACAAAUCAGCUAAAUAGUGAUGGAUUGCUUUGAUGCUGACUGGCUGCUUUCAUUACUGAACAUCCCAGCUAUCAGUGCAUCUCAGUUUCUGCAAGAUGGACAGAAAAUCUCAGUUUUUACGCCUGAUAUAACGUGAUCAUUUUCAUUCCUGGAAAAAUAAUCACAUCUGGGCGAUACUGGGGCAGAGAUUAGAUUCUUCAGUUCCAUUAAACUACUUCCUUAUUAACACAAUCUUUUGGACUCUGUCCCGGGUCCUGAAUCUGCUUCUGCAGAGAAGUCAUUUCACCAUCAAAGAAGUAAGAAUUGUUGACUGGUUGAAAUGAUUUUAACCUGCUGUGAAGCUGUAUCUGAAUCUGUGCAUGCCUCACUUUCCCGCUGUGCUUCUUUUAUACCGCACUCUUGUGUUGGCCUUAACCUUGCUCCCCGCACUCCUGUAGUACUGGCUUUGUGUUCGCUGUGCUGAUGCAGAAACACUCCGACUGAUCCUAAAUAUUCCCACCACCCCAGUUCAAGCUUUGCCUCAUGGCGCCUACCAGCCCUACAGUCCUCCCUACAAUCAGCCACACCACCCUGCUGCAGAGGCUUACGACAACCAGGGAGGGGGUGAGGAGGAGGAGGAGCAGGACCCCUAUUAUCGUGGUUAUCCCCCUCAGUACUACCCUCAACAGCCUUCUCAGCUGGCUCACAUCAACUACGGUUACCACUUAAGCCCCACCUACUCCGAAGACAUGGAGCUGAGGUCACCGGGCGUCGCCAGGAGGUUUUCGCGGGAUGUCGACGUAAUGGAGGAGAGCGAGGACGGAGGACUUUAGAGGAAAGACGAAUUAAAGUCCUCAAGAUAAGGACACAACACAGAUGUUCCGACAAAACGCAAAGAGCUGAGACAUGCAUAUAAAACACCUGAAACUGUGGCGAGAACUUCCGUCCCUUCCCUCCCGUGUCCGCGCUGGGAUCCCCCAGCCCCACCCCCAUCAGGUGAAACAUUGUAAAUAGCUGUGUGGACUCUUGUACCAUAUCUCUGUAAAAGGGAGGUCCGAAAAGUGCCUGAUCUAUGUUUAGCAACGCCCAUUUGAUAAUGUCAAAGUAAGAUUUGUUCCUUCCCAUCUCACAGCCGAUUUAACUUUUGUGUGGAGUUGCAUGGAAGUGGAACACACGCCUCUUGUUUUGGUUGUAACUAACUGGGUUGUUUUAGUUGAGCUGGUAACAUUUGCGCAGGCUGCUUUUUUAUAAUGAUGAAUCAUGUUUCCUCUGGUUGUCUUUGUUUUAGUACUAACUGUUGAAAAGUGGUGUUCUUAGUGAACAUGAAACCCAGAUCAAUCAAACUCCUUUCCCCGAACACUUGGAAGCACACUUUUCAAAAGAAAUGAUCAUUGCUUUUUAAUUUGAACAUUGGCACUCGUUACUGUUCUGGAUUUUAUUUUAUUUCAGGGGGGCUUAUGUGAAUUUAAAGAACAUUGUUAUGUUCCUUAUGUUCCUUUUUUUUUUUUCCUUAUGCAAAUUCGGGCCUGCUCACUGUGGAAGCUGUUUGCUCACUGGCUGAACUCUGACCUCUUUCUGGAAUAAGACCUGAAGUCAGUUAUUAUUACAAAAAAAAGAGAAAAAGAAAAUCCUCUCGCCUCUCUGUGAAAUCAAUAAGAACUGAAGUGUAAAAUCUUCCCCUCUUGCACUGCAGUCAGAAAAACAAGCAGCAGACGUGUUGCUACGAGCUGGUCCCGGUCUAGAUUUUAACUGUCGACCGUGAAUAGCUUUAAUAAGGAAUGUGUCUCGCUACCGCACCCUUUGGUACAAUAUGGACUUAUUUAUUUUCUAUUUUGUUUGCUUUUAUAACCAAUAAAUCUGUAAUGAGACUACAAGAAUGGGUUUAGGUCAUUUGUUUAACAGCGCAAAAGGGUCAAAAACCCAGACUUUACAACACUUUUGUAAAAACAACAUUCGACAAGAAGAGGUUCGUUAAACUGUUUAUUAGCCUUUUUACAAUUCACUUAAAAGGGGAACAGAUUUAUCGAUGGAAACUGAAUAACCAAAAAAAGCAAGAUCAAGUUAACAUUUUGGGAUUCUCAUAUAGUAACACAUUAACUGGUUUCACUGUGCAUCCACAAGCCUUUAAAGGCAGGAUCAGCUCUAACAGAUGCCACUUUUAAUGGACCAGAUCGGAUCAUUUCAUGGUGUGUAAUCAGAGGAAAAACCCACAGAAUCUGAUUUUUCUCACAGCUGAGCCACAUGGUGAAAUCUCAAGCUGUCCUUGGAUAAUUCAGGCCCACCGCGGUCGCGCUGGAGCCGACAGGAGCGACAGAGAGGUUCCCCUGGUAGGAUAAUGUUGA